UGUGCAUAAUAAUAAUUUAUAUACGGAUUUACAUCUAGAUAUUACGAAUAAAAAAUUGUUUAAAAAAAAAGAAGAGUGAGACGAAACUGUUCACUGGGACUAUUGAUUAUUUUGUAAUCGCGGCUAUUGUACAUAACAUUUAUUGCAACUAUAAAUAGAAGUAUCUCCCGAAUUUCUUUUUAAAUAGCAUAAUACAUAAUUAACUUGAUGCGUUUGACAUGCGCAACAUGCGCGUGAUUAAAUCGAAGCGUUUCCCGCCGAAGGAAAUUCGACCGCAAGCGCAUUCUUGUAACAAAAUCAAUUCACCUGUACAUUCCGCGUACUUCUUCUUUCUACUUGGCUCAUGUUAUUUUUUAUAUUUGAAGGGAAAACUUCAUCGAUUCAAAACUUCAACACGUGCCAAGCGAUUACCCAUUUGUGAAGAAAUAAAGAAAUCUGUUUACAACUGUUUAAUUUUGAUUUAAACAUCCGAAAAUGGAAUGCUUCGUGUCCUGUUGUUUUUUAUUCAUCGUCCCGUAGAGAUUUUACUGAUUUUUUUACUUGGUUUUUCUGAAUAAAUGACAGCUUUAUAUGCCUGCAUACUUACGUUCUCCCUGGUGGCGAUUCACGAAGCUAAGUUAAUAUACAUAACACAAACAUGGAUCUGUCCAGAACAGAAUAGCGAACAUGCAUGCACGUGUAGUUGUAGCAUGCCAAACUUGUAAAUCGUAAUUUUAAACACUGUUUUCUAGUGCACAAUUAACGAAUAACUGUGCAGAUUUUUACGAUUAACAAUAUGGAAAAUGAAGAUUGGAGUGGCGAUUGCCAAACGACGGAAAAUGAAGCGCAAGUCAGUGACCCACCAGAAAUUAACCAAGUUAUCCCCGGAUACACGAAUUUUAAAGAUUACAUUCAGGAAGCUUACGAUGCGAUUAAAUUUGGAAUCAAGGCUGCUAAUAAUUUACCUACUGGAUCGAACUUCAAAUAUUAUGCGUGUUUCCCCAGUUUUCUCAAAGCCAAAAAUUCAAACACAGAUUUACUAUUGAAUGCUAUGCAAGAUAUAUUAGGCAAAAUCAGUGUCAAGGGCAGUGUUGUAAAUCGUGACAUCGAAGAAAAGUUUGAACUCCUAAUAGAAGCGAAUGAUAUUCUUCAAGAUCGAGCUAAUGCUUUAAUGGAUGAAGAAUGUGGCAUAACUAAAAAAUCUGAAGUGGAAUUGGUAGUCACUCAUGCGAAGACGCAGCAGAUGAAUGGUAGCUGGAACAGUAAAUUGGUAUCAUCAACAAGUCAGAAAACUUCUCAGGAUGAAUCUUCUAUAUGCUUGUUAGCUGGAAAAAAUGUUCACAGACCACAAUUAUCGUUUAAAGAUAAAAUCGACAAUAGUCUGAAACCCUGGUGUCCCAGAAUCAAGGAUAAACCUAAUUCUCGGAGACCAUUGGCGAUUUAUUUAGAAGAGGGUGAAAAUGGCGAGGUGUUUUGUCACCCUUACGAACAUGAACUGGAAAUGUUCGUAAUUCCUAACGAUCAAUUGGAAAAGACUAAACCUUUGAUGUAUAAACCUUUAAAGGAUACUAAAUUGAUAAUGAUCAAAGAUCCACCCGAUAUCAAGUUAUUGUUAGAUGAUUUAAAAGAGUACAAAGAAAUAGCUGUGGAUCUGGAGCAUCAUUCUUACCGAAGUUUCCAAGGAAUAACUUGUCUGAUGCAAAUCUCGACGCGAGAUACUGAUUAUGUGAUAGAUACUCUGUCAUUGCGUUCUGAAUUACACGAGUUGAACGAAAUUUUUACCAAACCCACGAUACUGAAAGUGCUUCAUGGAGCAGAUUUAGACAUUCAAUGGCUUCAGCGAGAUCUAUCUCUGUACAUCGUCAACAUGUUUGAUACUCAUCAAGCGGCGAAACAGUUGAACCUACCGUAUUUAAGUCUAGCGUAUUUGCUUAAAACCUACUGCAACGUGGAUCCUAAUAAACAUUUUCAAAUGGCCGAUUGGCGUAUACGACCAUUACCAGAACAACUCUUGAAAUACGCCAGGGAGGACACGCAUUAUUUACUGUACAUAAAAGACAUUCUAACGAAUGCUCUGAUUGAUGCAGCUAAUGGCCAGUCGAAUAUUUUGAAAGCGGUUUACGAUAGGAGUACAGAUAUUUGCAAGAAGACUUACGUGAAACCAGUAUGGACAGAGGAAAGCUUCAUGAACAUGUACAAAAAGAGUAACAGGAUAUUCAACAACAAGCAACUGUAUGCUUUGAGGGAGUUGCACAAGUGGCGGGAUCAAACUGCGAGAGAAGAAGACGAUAGCAUCGGUUACGUUCUACCGAAUCACAUGCUUUUAAAUAUAGCAGACACAUUGCCGCGCGAGAUGCAAGGAAUUCUGGCAUGCUGCGACUCGAUUCCUCCUUUAGUCAGACAGAAUCUAUUGAAACUGCACAAAAUAAUAUUGAAGGCUAGGGAACAGCCGCUCAUUAAAACAGGGCUGGAGGAGCUCAAGCAGAGACUGACUCAGAGAAACGUGCAGACAGCAAGCUCAAAGACGUGGACGUCACACGAUAUUCCAAGCGGUAUGGAAGCGAGAGCCGAUUUACCCUGUCUGUUAGACAACGGAAACAAGCCUGACUCACCGAUUUCUUUGACUGCGACUGAGCAUACUGUCACUGUAUUCGAUGACUCGUCUACAUCCGAGAACGAGGAUGAGGACCGGAAAAGUACGGGAAAGAAAAAGUUCGUUUUCGUAAGUCCGUUCGAACGAUAUAAGCGAGUGAUACCAAUGGUAGCGGAAGAAGAAUCGCGAGAAAGGGAGAGACAAAAACAAGAAGAGGAACGCGCGAAUAAACUGACAGAGACCGAAAGUCAAGGAGAAGAUAGAGAAUUAAAAGAAAAAGAUACAGAACUAGAAGAGAGCAAAAAUCGUGUUCACGAACAUUUUAAGAAAGUCGCUAAGAGGAAACUAUUUCAGACGCCGCUGAGUCAAAUGGAAGGUCGUAAAAAGAAACGUGAUUCAAAUAUUAAUAAACAGGAAACGGAACGGUAUCCUGAACAGAAACCGUUAAGUUCGAUCCCGUCGCUGAAGGAUGUGUAUAAUGAAAGCACGUUGAGAGUUGCAGGGUAUUUAACAAGACUAGACGACGUAGCAGACCUACGUUCGCAAGAAGGUAGAGAAAUGAGCGACAUGCGAGCUUCAAACGACGAAACGAUCAAUCCCAUGCGUUCAAGAGGAAAAGGAGAAAAGAAGCGUGUAAUGAAACAGUUGAAACAGAAGGGAAUGAUGCCAUCGGAUAAGUUUAAUUACAACACUAUAGAUUUUAGUUCGUUCCAAGGAGGUAGCAAAAACAGUAUCAACCAAACGAACUUUGACCAGACAGUGAAGAAGAAGAAAGAAAAAUCGCGGAGGAGGAAGAAUCGAGUACGGUUGGAUACAAAAAUAUCCAGGAAAAUGCAACUGUCUGUAAUAGUAUUCGUUGAAUUGUCUUUACUUUUUGUCGCGCAUAGUCAUAUCGUUUCGGAAGAAGAUAGAAACGUUGACAAAAAUUCGAGUAGUUACAUUAGCCAUUUGACAGACUUUAUUUUCGACCUCUCUUCUGAUUCUGAAGUAGAUGGCAAGUCGCAUCAAGUAGACUGUCUCGGCUUAGGCAAGACGGUAGCCUCAGCUUUGGAAUGGUUUUUCAUGAGCAAUCCGAAUGGUACAAACGCUUUAGAGAUGCAAUUUUUGCUCUCAUCGAGAAAGCAGCCUCAACGCGUUAAGGUAAUAAUCGGCAAACAGUUCGGUUUGGAAUGGACGGAUUUUCAAAUCGAACGAAAAACAAUCAUAAUAGUUCACGGUUUCUUAUCCCACGGUCAAGAACCAUGGAUCAGCAACUUGGAAAAAGCUUUCCUUCGAUGGGGAGACGUCAAUGUAGUAGUUGUAGACUGGAGUGCUGGCGGUAAUACUUGGAAUUAUUACAAAGCUGCUGUUAACACAAAAGUAGUGGGCUAUCAAAUAUCAAGGUUUCUAGAACAUAUAGAAAAUGCCACAUAUGCUGGGAACAAUUCCGAUAAGAUCGUUUGGGGCUCAAUAUAUUUGGUGGGUCACAGUCUCGGUGCACAUAUCUGUGGUUUCACUGCAAAAGAAUUGAAAAAAAGACACAGUCCAUGGAAAGUAGAGAGAAUAACAGGAUUAGAUCCUGCGCAACCUUGCUUCAAAAACGCAGACCCUGCCGUGAAGCUCGCCAAAUCCGAUGCACCCUUCGUGGAUGUGAUUCACACUAAUGGGAAAUUGCUACACGAGAUCGGAUUAGGUUUACCAGGCCCAAUAGGCCACGUCGAUUUCUAUCCGAACGGUGGCAAAUCCCAACCCGCCUGCAUAAAAAGCAACUCUUCCUACUUCAGUUAUUUACCGGUUCCCAUUCAAGUGAUCGACAAGUCCAUAUGCAGUCAUGGUCUUUCGCACCAUUACUUAAUCGAGUCCCUGGUAACUGACGUUAAGCACAAUUGCACAUUUUGGGCGCAUCACUGGGACCUAUCGUAUCGAAACUUGUUCCGCGCGGCCAGGGGAACUUGUAACAGAAGUAUCUGUUCGGAAAUGGGAAUAAACGCUAUAAAUUAUCUUCAACGAGGAACGUUCUUCGUCAUUACUGCCGACAGCGCGCCAUUUUGUGUUAAUAACACUCGCAUGCUGGAUGAAAUAAUCAUUCAUUUGGAGAAGGAGUUCGGUGACCAUGUUGAUGAUUAAAACUAAUUAACGCUGUAUCGUUCGACUGUAUUAUUAUAACACAAAUAAACGAAGUUUAUCUCGCAA